AUGCCCCACUUCCAACGCUCCUCUUUGCUCCUCUUUGCUGCACCACCUCCCGUCGCACCAACAACCUACUGGACGAAGCAUCCUCCUACACUACUGUACUAUCUCGAUUUCACCUACUUUAACCCCAACUGCAUGGGUCGAGCACCCAACCCAGCCGCCGACUUCUGUCGUGUCGCACAGUCCAGCCGGCCACCGAAGCAUUGCGAACGCGACACGCUGCAGCAGCUCGCAUCUUCUGCCGAGAUCGACGUUGACGACUUUGUCUCAAGCUUGCAUCGAAGAGGUUAA